CAAAUGCCUCCGGGAUGCCGGAGAUCUGUGUUUACCGUGCAAGCAUCAACAUUUCAUGGCAGCCUACGUAAUCUGCCACACCGAGACCCGUCACGCCCUCUAGGACCCUCCAUACGCGUACUGGUCUGGGACUGCGGAGCCUAGCUCCCCAGACCUGGGGUUGCAGAGCGGACCGUGAUGGCAAAGGUAUGGAACUGGGCCGGCAUUCUCGUAUCGCCGUGGUCAGGGUAUAUCAAACAACCACCCUUUUGUCCUGCAAACCCUGCAGUGGGUUGAAUGAUCCACAAGGUUCCCGUCGCUUUUAACCUUACCGUCAUAACCAAGUCAAGCAAAAGAUGGCAACCAUGACGAUGUCAGUGACAUCUGCAUCCAAGAGUCGAGAGCCUUCUCCCAAUCGAGGCAUGACAAUUCCGGAUCAUGUUGAGGCUGGAGAAGUGCAAAUGUCCCAGAACGAGUUCAGGACCAAAUACGGCAUUGAUGCGUCCAAACAGGUCAAGCUGGUCAAGGUGGUGUUCAUGCGAUAUCAGCAUCCUGACCUGCAAGAGAUCAAAAUUUUUAUGAAAGACUUUGGUCUCAAAAAGGUCAAAGAGACCGCCACCGACAUCUGGUUCCGUGGCUAUGGCGUCGAUCAGUACGUCUAUCACGUCCAAAAGGGACCAAAGAAGUUCCUCGGAGGCGCUUUUGAAGCUGAGAGCUACGAAGAACUGGGAAAGGCAAUCAAGAUUCCUGGAGCAAAAGUGCUGACCAAAGGAAUUGAGAAAAUGGAAAAUGCCCCAGGAGGAGGCUAUAUUGUCACAUUGGCCGACCCUGAAGGGUUUCCCAUCAACAUUGUUUAUGGACAAACUCCUCGUCAGGCCGAAUCCAUGCCCGCGAAACUGGCGUUCAAUCUUGAGAACGACAAACCUCGAGUCCGAGAAUUUGCUCGGUUCAAACCCGGACCAGCUGCUGUUCACAAGCUCGGCCACUAUGGUCUUGUCGUAGACAACUUUGACGCCGUGAUGGACUUUUACACCAAAAACUUCAACUUUGUUCCGUCCAAUGUUCUCUACACCAACGCGGACGGUAAGACGGUCAACGUGGGAAUGUUCGCCCACAUCGACCGCGGCGACGAUUUGGUCGACCACCACACCCUGUUUUGCGUCAAGCUCGCCCCGGGACAGGAGACGCCGCACGUCCACCACUGCAGCUUCGAGAUCCACGACAUGGACACGCAGGCCAUGGGCCACGACUGGCUGAUGAAGAAAGGAUACAAGCUCGUCUGGGGUCUGGGUCGGCACGUCCUCGGCUCCCAAAUCUUUGACUACUGGUGGGACGUGAAUGGAUUCAUGGUCGAACAUUACAUUGACGGAGAUGUGGUCAACAAGGAAACCCCGGUCGGGUUCCAUAGCGCCGAUAACGCCGUGGAUACUGCAUGGGGACCCGACGUGCCUAGCACGUUUCUCGAGUGAUAUUUCAUCCUCCUCGCAAGGGGCCGAUGGCAGUGAGUGCAAUUCGUCAUGUGUGGCGGUCUGCAGAGCAAUCGGGACAUUUCUGGGCUUGGUUACAGUCUUUUUCGCUAGGUAGUCCUACUAUUUACCAG